CAGACUGGGCGGGCGCGCGGGCUGCGCGGGCUCACGGCGGCGGCGGCGGCGGCGGCGGCGGCAGCAGCAGCAUCCUCCCCUCUCCCUUCCCUUGCAUUCUGCUCCUGCCGCUUCCCUCUCCUUCGUUCCCUCCCCCUUCUUCUCCCGCCCCGUUCUCCCCUCCACUCCUCCUGAGUGCAUUCGCUCUCGCAGGUCCGUGAGCCGUGGCAGCCGCGACCGCGGGUGCGCCCAGUUCUGCGCUCAGAUUUUAUUGUUCUAACCCAAACUGUCUUGUGACUGCUGGCUGGAAUUAAGAUUCUUCCUCUUGUCUCCAACCGAAGAAGCAUUGACUGGGAACUACUCACUCAGAAAAUUAAAAGACAGAAGCCAGAACACAUCACCAACCCUCUGAGAACACGACACAACAAACUCCACUAUUUCAUCUCUUCCUUGAAUAGGAUAAACUACAGAGCUUGGAACAAUGGCUGAUGAACGGAAAGAUGAAGCUAAAGCACCUCACUGGACCUCAGCUCCACUUACAGAGGCGCCUGCACACCCACAUCCUCCUGAGCUUAAGGAUCAAGGCGGAGCAGGGGAAGGACUUGUCCGAAGCGCCAAUGGGUUCCCAUACCGGGAGGAUGAAGAGGGUGCCUUUGGAGAGCAUGGGUCGCAGGCCGCCUAUUCAAAUACCAAAGAGAAUGGGAUCAAUGGAGAGCUGACCUCGGCUGACAGGGAAACAGCAGAGGAAGUGUCUGCAAGGAUAGUUCAAGUAGUCACCGCUGAGGCUGUAGCAGUCCUGAAAGGUGAACAAGAAAAAGAAGCUCAACAUAAAGAUCAGCCUGCAGCUCUGCCUUUAGCAGCUGAAGAGACAGCUAAUCUGCCUCCUUCUCCACCCCCAUCGCCAGCCUCAGAACAGACUGUCACAGUGGAGGAAGAAGAAGAAACGCUAGAGUAUCCGGUGCCUGAGGAAGAGAAACCUGCCGCUCUUCCUGAGAAAGAGUGUGGGGCUGCUAAGUCCUCAGACCAACCCCAAGGCCUCAGUGAGGGCCCAGUGGAGUCUAGUGCGAAGGCCCAAAUAGUUCCUGAAGAGAGUUCCCCGACAGGGGCACUGCAUGAGCAAAGUGUGAAAGAGGUCACCGAGGUGUCUCCAGAACUAAAAACCCCUUCCUCUGCCAGGGAAGAUUUACUUACAGCCUUGAAGAUGGAUUUCCCUGGUCAGCAGGAACUGACUCCCUCUGCAGCUGAGCCUUUAGCCAAACAGGAAGAGGAGUCAAAGAAGCAAAGUAAGCCUGGUGAAGACUUUCAACAUGCUGCCUUAGUUUCUCAGCCUGAGACAACCAAAAUUUCCCCUGAUACAAAAGACGUGCAAGGCACAGAGGAAGAAAAAGCUCCUCCUGCUCUGUUUGGGCACACUGUUGGCGACAGCCUGGAAGACACGAAACAGAAGACAGAACCAAGCCUGGUAGUUCCUGACAUUGGCCUCCAUGCAGUACCCUCAGCCCCAAAAGAACAAAAGGACUGGUUCAUUGAAAUGCCAACUGAAGCCAAAAAGGAUGAGUGGGGUUUAGUUGCUCCAGUAUCUCCUGGCCCCCUGACACCCAUGAGGGAAAAAGACGUACUUGAGGAUAUCCCCAAAUGGGAAGGGAAACAAUUUGAUUCUCCCAUGCCAAGUCCCUUUCAGGGUGGAAGCUUCACUCUUCCGUUAGAUGUCAUGAAGAAUGAAAUAAUCACAGAAACACCACCCUUUGCCCCUGCCCUCUUACAGCCAGAUGACAAAAAAUCUCUGCCAGAAACCAGUGGCCCCGCUGCUGCCAAAGAUAGCACUAAAGUGGAAGAAUCCCAUAAGGAUGAACCCAAAAAAGAGGCAGAAGCACCAGGCUCAGAAGCAAUUACCUUACCCAAAGAUGACCAUGUUCCAGCUGUGGAAGAAAAUGUCAUGGUAAAAGUCUUAGGGGAAGAAAAGGGAGCCAUCAUUCAAGAGAGUGUGCAGAAAAAAGAGAUUUCUACCCCCAGUGGACAGGAACCUACCAUUACGGAAAAGGAACCUCAGCUAAUGCUUGAAGAAAAAACUCUGUCUGACAAAGAUGCUGUGCCAAAAGAGAGUGAACCUCCAAAACUCGGAGAUGAAGAGACGAGCAUAAUUCAGACUUCCACAGAGGACACAUUAUCUAAGGAAGAACAGAAAGGUCAAGAGCCUUCCACGGCUAUGUUAAAACAGGACUCAUUCCCUGUCAAUUUGGAGCAACCAGUUACAGAUUCAGUUGUAACCUCUAAGAUCUCAGAGAAAGUCGUGAGCGAACCAGCCACGCUAAAUGAAAAAAGUGUAACCCAGGAACUACCGGAAGAGAAAGUUGCUGACAAAGAUAAGAUGGAAGGAGUUGGGGCUGCAAAAUCAGCUGAAUUGGACUUGCCAUUUUAUGAAGAUAAAUCAGGAAUGUCCAAGUACUUUGAAACAUCUGCUUUGAAAGAAGAAGUGACUAAAAGCAUUCAGUUGAGCAGUGACUACUAUGAACUCAGUGACACAAGAGAAAGCGCCCGUGAGUCUAUUGACGCUGUAUCUCCUACACACAAAAAUGGUGACAAGGAACUUCAGGCAGGAAAAGAAUCCCAACCCAGUGUUCCAGCCCAAGAAGCAGGGUACAGUACUCUUGCACAGACUUACCAGUCUGAUCUACCUGAAGAACCCAGUUCUCCUCAAGAGAGAAUGUUCACUAUUGAUCCAAAAGUGUAUGGAGAGAAACGAGAUCUUCACAGUAAGAAUAAGGACGACCUGACACUUAGCAGGAGUUUAGGACUUGGUGGUAGGUCUGCAAUAGAACAAAGAAGCAUGUCAAUCAAUUUGCCCAUGUCAUGCCUGGAUUCCAUAGCCCUUGGAUUUAACUUUGGUCGGGGGCAUGAUCUUUCUCCUCUGGCUUCUGACAUUCUAACCAACACUAGUGGAAGUAUGGAUGAAGGGGACGAUUACCUUCCAGCCACCACACCUGCACUGGAGAAGGCCCCUUGCUUCCCAGUUGAAAGCAAAGAGGAAGAAAAGCCGAUACAGGAAGAAAAAGCUGCCAGAGAGGAAAAUACUCAAAUCGAGACAACCUCUGAGUCAUCGUCCCUAGCCAAAGAGUAUUACAAAAAUGGUACCGUCAUGGCCCCUGACCUACCUGAAAUGCUGGAUCUGGCAGGCACAAGGUCAAGAUUAGCUUCUGUGAGUGCAGAUGCUGAGGUUGCCAGAAGGAAAUCAGUCCCAUCGGAGACGGUAGUUGAGGAAAGUAGUACUGGCUUGCCACCUGUGAUGGAUGAAAACCAUGUCAUUGUAAAAACAGACAGUCAGCUUGAAGAUCUGGGCUACUGUGUGUUCAAUAAAUACACAGUUCCUCUCCCAUCACCUGUUCAAGACAGUGAGAAUGUAUCAGGGGACAGUGGUGCCUUUUAUGAAGGCACUGAUGACAAAGUUCGAAGAGAUUUGGCCACAGACCUUUCAUUGAUUGAAGUAAAGCUGGCAGCUGCCGGGAGAGUCAAAGACGAGUUGGGUGCUGAGAAAGAAUCCUCCUCUCCACUUAUCUCUGGUGACAAGUCUGGACUGGGUAGGGAGUAUGACCAGGAGAGGAAAGCUAAUGAUAAGCUUGAUACUGUACUAGAAAAGGGUGAAGAACAUGUUGAUUCCAAAGAACAUGCCAAGGAAACAGAAGAGGCUGAUGAUAAAGUUGAAACAAUUGGAUUAGCAGUGAGCUAUGAGCAAGCUCCAGCCAAAGAACUGACAACAUCAAAAGAAGCACCAUCUGAGAAAGCAGAGAAAGUUCUUAGCUCAGUGCCAGAGGUAGCCGAGGUAGAACCAUCCAAACAAGCUGAGCAAGAACUGGAUUUUCCUGCCAAGAAAGGUGACCAGGGUCAACUGGAUGUUCAGAUCAGUGAUUUUGGACAGAUGGCUGCAGGGCUACACCUAGAUGUUGGAAAGGCAGCAGAGGUUAAACUCGAAGCUACCCAGGACAUGACCCCCUCAUCCAAAACACCUCAGGAGGCAGAUGCAUUUAUGGGUGCUGAGCCUGGCCACAUGAAAGAAGGUGCCAAAGUGAAUGAGACAGAAGUCAAAGAGAAGGUGGCCAAACCUGACUUGGUGCAUCAGGAGGCUGUGGACAAAGAGGAGUCCUAUGAAUCUAGUGGUGAGCAUGAAAGCCUCACCAUGGAGUCCUUGAAACCCGAAGAAGGCAAGAAGGAAACAUCUCCAGAGUCAUCUCUAAUCCAAGACGAGAUUGCCAUCAAAUUGUCAGUGGAAAUACCUUGCCCACCUGCUGUUUCAGAGGGUGAUUUAGCCACAGAUGAGAGAGCUGAGGUCCAGAUGGAAUCUAUUCAGCUGCCAAAAGAAGAAAGCAAGGAGACCCCAGAUAUAUCCAUCACACCCUCAGAUGUUACAGAGCCAGUGCCUGAAGCAGUUGUGUCCAAACCAGCAGAGGCACCAGGUGAGGAGGAAGAGAUAGAAGCCCGGGGAGAAUAUGAUAAACUGCUCUUCCGCUCAGACACCCUUCAGAUUGCUGACCUGGGCGUCCCAGGUGUCAAGGAAGAAUUUGUGGAGACUUGCCCUGGUGAACACAAAGGAGUGAUUGAAUCUGUUGUGACCAUCGAGGAUGAUUUCAUCACCGUCGUGCAAACCACAACCGAUGAAGGGGAGUCAGGGUCGCACAGUGUGCGAUUUGCAGCCCUAGAGCAGCCUGAGAUGGAAAGGAGACCAUCCCCUCACGAUGAAGAAGAGCUUGAAGUUGAAGUGGCAGCUGAAGCCCAGGCAGAACCCAGGGAUGGCUCCCCAGAGGCUCCCGCUUCCCCUGAGAGAGAGGAGGUUGCACUGUCAGAAUAUAAGACAGAAACCUAUGAUGAUUACAAAGAUGAGACCACCAUCGACGACUCCAUCAUGGACGCUGACAGCCUCUGGGUUGACACUCAAGAUGAUGAUAGAAGCAUCAUGACAGAACAGUUAGAAACUAUUCCUAAAGAGGAGAAAGCUGAAAAGGAAGCUCGGAGACCAUCUCUCGAGAAACAUAGAAAAGAAAAGCCUUUUAAAACCGGGAGAGGCAGAAUUUCCACUCCUGAAAGAAAAAUAGCUAAAAAGGAACCUAGCACAGUCUCCAGAGAUGAAGUGAGAAGGAAAAAAGCAGUUUAUAAGAAGGCUGAACUUGCUAAAAAAACAGAAGUUCAGGCCCACUCUCCUUCCAGGAAAUUCAUUUUAAAACCUGCUAUCAAAUAUACUAGACCAACUCAUCUCUCCUGUGUUAAGCGGAAAACGACAGCAGCAGGUGGCGAAUCAACUCAGGCUCCCAGUGUAUUUAAACAGGCAAAGGACAAAGUCUCUACUUCUACCUUGUCAAAGAUUCCUGCUUUUCAGGGUAGCGCAAAGUCCCCAAGAUGCAGCUCAGCCUGCCCUAGUAGGACUAAAAAGGCUGCAUGUUCUGACAGUUUUUGCAUGCAUCCCACCUCAGCAGUCUGCACAGAGUGUUUGCCACACUCAGAAUCAGGGAACAAGGAUGGAGUAACCAGGAGCCCAGAAAAGCGCUCUUCUCUCCCAAGACCAUCCUCCAUUCUCCCUCCUCGCCGAGGUGUGUCAGGAGACAGAGAUGAGAAUUCUUUCUCUCUCAACAGUUCUAUCUCUUCAGCCCGACGGACCACCAGGUCAGAGCCAAUACGCAGGGCAGGAAAAAGUGGCACCUCAACACCCACUACCCCUGGAUCAACUGCCAUCACCCCUGGCACUCCGCCAAGUUAUUCUUCACGUACUCCAGGCACUCCUGGAACCCCCAGCUAUCCCAGGACCCCUCAUACACCCGGAACUCCCAAAUCUGCUAUCUUGGUGCCCAGUGAGAAGAAAGUCGCCAUCAUACGUACUCCUCCAAAAUCUCCCGCUACUCCCAAGCAGCUUCGGCUUAUUAACCAACCACUGCCAGACCUGAAGAAUGUCAAGUCCAAAAUUGGAUCGACAGAUAACAUCAAAUAUCAGCCCAAAGGGGGACAGGUUAGAAUUUUAAACCAGAAGAUCGAUUUUAGCAAAGUUCAGUCCAGAUGUGGUUCCAAGGAUAACAUCAAACAUUCUGCAGGGGGCGGAAAUGUACAAAUUGUUACCAAGAAGAUUGACCUAAGCCACGUUACAUCGAAGUGUGGCUCUCUGAAGAACAUCCGCCACAGGCCAGGUGGUGGACGUGUGAAAAUCGAAAGUGUAAAACUGGAUUUCAAAGAGAAGGCCCAAGCUAAAGUCGGUUCACUUGAUAAUGCUCACCAUGUUCCUGGAGGUGGCAAUGUCAAGAUUGACAGCCAAAAGUUGAACUUCAGAGAGCACGCUAAGGCCCGUGUGGACCAUGGGGCUGAGAUCAUUACACAAUCUCCAAGCAGAUCCAGUGUGGCAUCCCCCCGGCGACUCAGCAACGUCUCCUCCUCCGGAAGCAUCAACCUGCUAGAAUCCCCUCAGCUUGCCACUUUGGCUGAGGAUGUCACUGCUGCACUCGCUAAGCAGGGCUUGUGAAUAUUUCUCAUUUAGCAUUGAAGUAAUAAUAUUUAGGCAUGAGCUCUUGGCAGGAGUGGGCUCUGAGCAGGUGUUAUAGUCAUUCUUUACAAACCAUAAAUAAAUAAUCUCAUCCCCAAAUUGUAGUAAUUGUUACAAUUUUAUAUAAAAAAAAUGAAUAGUAUAUGCAGAAUUUGACCUGAUUUCCAUCUGCAACAGGAAGACACUGGCUUUAUAUGGGUACAAUUGGACAAUUAUUUUCGCUCUGCUCUGUUUUGCAUGGAGUAUUAAUUUAAAAAUUGCAUUUUUACCUUUCAUGUGCCUGAAGGCUAUCCACUACAUUCUGAAAGGCCUUGUUAAAAUGCAAGCUGCUCAUUUUACUCUUCUGUUUCUGAGUGAAAAGAUAAAAUCUGCCCAUUGUAACUUAUUACAGGUUAAAUUAAAUAAGGGAGUCAGACUGCCAGAAGGGAAGAGCAUGUAAGAAAUAAGUUUUUUAAGGUGUUAUUUUGUAUAAAUGGGAAGAAAGAUUCAAUUAAGUUAUUAACAUUUGGGACCUGGAUUAUUAUAUCAGAGUAUGUUGAUCCAAUAAAUUAUUUAACUAAUUAAAAAAAUAGCUGCAAAGCAUUUGAGGUAUGGUUGAGGAAGUGGAGUAAAAGUGCAUCUCUUAGGAAUGAGACACGUCCAUUAGGAUGGACUUGUGUCUGAUUAGAAUGUCAGUUGAUCGGCUAGAUUUGUGUCCACACUACCAGUUCCAAAACCCCCUUCCAUCUGUUUGAUACAGUAUUAUAGAUAUAAAUAUAUAUAUAUAUUUCUCUGUGGCCAUUUGUGAUACUUCCUCAUAUACUUGAAUAUUACACUCUUUAUUCACAGUAUCUGUGUCACCUGCACCCUUUGGUGUUACAAUUUUAGAUAUGUGAAAGUAGAUGUUAGCAGGGUUCUCUCUCUAUUUAAAAAACACAUUAAAAAAGAAAAAAAGUUUUAGCAUGAAGUUGCUUUCUGUAACAACUCAAAGCUGUAACCCUGUUUUAGUGCCAGAUACAAGUCUCUCCCGUAAUACUAGGAAAAAUAUUUUUCUUUGCUUUCACCAACAUGGAGUUUGUGGGGGUGGGUCCAGUUAUACAUAAAAGGGUUUACAGAUUGUUGGUUUAAGAUUAUUGAUUUAUCUCAUUUUUCAUCAAGGAGUAGUUUGGAUUUUAUUCAGAUUCAUGAAACUGAGUUUCAAGAUUUCUUUCUUUUUUCCAUUUGCUAAAGUUGAUAUUAAUAGUGAUAGUUUGGGACAUAUUUCCAAUUAUUUCAAAUAAUAUCUGAUUAUUAAAUUCUCCAAUAGAAGGUGUUUGACUUUCUUAUCCAAAAUAAGAAUCCUUUGACCAGAAAGAGAAAACACGAUAUUUGGGAAACUAUAGCUGCAGAACAAGUGAGACACAGAUAUCUAAGUCAGUUUUUUCUAGGGCUCCAACAUUAUACUCUGAUUUUGUAUGAUUUAUCAGUAGAUAAUAUUGUUCUGACUUUAUAUACUGACUAGAAUCACAAAUCAACUAACUCCUCUCACAAUGAUUCAUCUUAGACUUCCAAAUAAGUAAUGAAAUCAUCAAAGGCCUGAGUAAGGCAAAGAGCUACCAAACUGAACAGACACUUCAGAGUAUUUGAUUAUUCUUUUUCUUGCUCAGGGCUGGUAGGCUGGAUCUGAACAGUUAAAGGCAAAUAAUAUUCUGGGUGCUUCAUCUCUUUGAGCUAAAUCAUUUCCUAAAAAUAAAGUUAGAAAUGAUGAGCAUGGACUGAGGCAACAAAGUAUUAACUGAUUCCAGGACAAAAGUCUGGGGUUGCAAAGACAGACACAGGUGCCAUUUUAUGACCAAUUGGAUUUCACAACCAAACCAACGUGACUGCCACAAGAGAAACCCUAGGAGCAAACGCACACCAUUCUUUCUCAACUAAGAGAUUUACAUGGCAAACAUGUCUUAAAACAUUUAUUCUUGAAAAAAAAAUUAGAAACUACUGAAUGGGAGUAUGAAUGUUUCUGUUUUCUGCCUAAUAAAUGCUAUAAAGUUUAAGUUGACUAAUCUGGGCAAUUGUUUCAUCAACUUCCCUUAAAAUGCACCAGAAAAAAGGAGAAGGAAUAGUUGUGUGGAGACUUAUGGUAUUUUCUUACAUGUUUUAAUAGGGUUAGUUAGUUAUGAAAGUUGGCUAGAGAAAAGACGUUAACAGCUGGCUAUAACAGUUUUAACCUGUGGAACAAGUAUUUUUUUUCACCCUAGUUUAAAUUUUUUAUAAAAGUUAAGGUGAUGUCAACAUGGUCUAUAGAGUAUAUUCAGUUUCUUACAUGUCCAGAAGACAGAAUAUAUAAGGCACAAGGUUAAAAUAUUUCAUAUUAAGACAAUUUUUUGUUUCUAACCAAAAGUAUAAUUAGUAAAUAACCUUUGCUUUGUAUGGAAAUGCAACUCUUUAUAAAGUUCACAGAAGGUAACUGAUCACUUGUACCAGUAAGAGAGAAACACAGGCUACAUGUCUUCUUGUCGGGAUGGGAGGGAAACCCGUCUUGCCUUUACUCUCAAGAUAACGACACAAAAUAAGCUUUUUGAACACCACUCUUGUGGGGACACACAUACGCUGAUCUAGAAAUGAAAACUUCAUAGUUCCAUUUCUAGAUCUACUCAUGCCAGUUUCUCUCUGGUGUUAGCCUUUGAGAACCUGUUUAAGAAUACAUGAAUAGUCCAGAGCUGUGAAGAGUUAAAGGCCACCUUCAAUGAACUCACGCUCUCUGGGUCACCUGCAACUGAAAAUUGGAAACCUCGCAACAAAGCAGGGAAGAUCCGAGUUUAUGAUGAGUUUCAAAGGCCAUGUUCAUUUAGGAACAAACUCUCUCUGGACUUACCUGCUGAGUUGCAGCAGGGUAAUGGGCUGAAGUCCCACCCACAAGCAAGACACCUGUGUCAUAUCUGCUGGAUAUGGCUGAAGAAGGUUCAAGUUCAAAAGCCAUUAAAUGAAAGAAUGUAUUGUUCAUUGCUGGUCUUCUCCACAUACUCAUACUGUAAUACAGCAGGAAUGGGACCAUUAGCCAAAAUGUAACAUCAUGUUAGUACAUGUUGAGAAAUAAUCUCAACAUGGUUCAUUCUGACAUAGCUGCUAUUAUAGUUUUUCUCCUAUUAUUCAUGCCAUAAAAAGUUUCUUAUUCAUGGUUCAAACAGCAAAGACAAAAUAGAAGGCAAAUUCUAGACAUUCCUUCAAAAACUGAUGCUUUAAAAUCAGCACUGAUGUUUUCUUUUUUAACAUCUAGAAUUUUUAGCCUGGGUGUUUAGGUUAUGGCCAAGUCCCUCUGCAGGAAAAAGACAGUUUUCAAAUUCAAAAAUAUCAAUUAUAAAAGUCCACUUCAACUUUAGCAAAAAGAAAAAAAUCAACAAAAAGUAUACUCUGUAUGCUGGGAUUCCAAGGUUCCAACGUGCCGCUACAAAUCUGUGGGGGGUUUCUUUCUUCUGAUAAUUCUAGAGCCUGUUACCAUAGAAAGGCAUUUCUUCAAUGGCUGGUUGUAGUUAGUUCAUGUUUUUCAAUCAAAUUUGCAAAUGUAUUUGUUGCUGUAUAGUGAUUGUUUUGCAAAAUAAAAUUGCUUGUCAUCUAA